AUUCGCGAGUCUUUAAUGAGGUCGGAUGGAAUCCGCAAUGUGUUUAAGAAAAUUGAGAAGAUAACAGAGAGGUUUGAGAAAGGUGAUUUUGAGGAGGGUUCGGAGCCUCUGUCUCAGGUGGUGUGUCUCAGGGACCAGUUGCGAGCCGUCGUGGUGAAGACUUGUGCCGAUGUCGAGACCCUGGAGGAUAGAUUGAAGAAACUUCAUGAGUUGGAGCUUCUUGAGUUCGAGGAGAAGACCAAGAAUCACUACCACGCUCUAUUGUCUGGAGCUGGAUACUACUCUACAGCUUCAAAAGCUCCAGAAGAAGUAGAGUCUUUACUCAGAGAGAUGGUUGUGUAUGGAGUUGCUCCUACCAACAUCACUUUCUGGGUGUUGCUGAAGGCUCUUGCUGAUUCUGGGAAGCUAGAUCUGGCUCUCAACUACUUGGAGCGAAUGGAGGAGGAGUUUAGUGUGAAGCCAGAGUCCACUCACCAUGGGGUAGUGAUCGAUGGUUUUGCCAGAACCAAAGACCCCCAAAACCUGGCCUUUGCUGUUGAGAGGGUGAAGCAACUUGUCCCUUUCCAGGGUCAGGAAAUGUCAUUCAAUGCCAUACUGAGCAGGUGCUAUCCACCCAGAUAUCCUACCGAAGAAGAUCUGGAGUGGUUGGUUAGUGUCAUCCCCAUUGCCCAGGACCUGAUUAAUUUUCUGCAUGGAGCCAGUUAUGUGUACACGGUGCUGGAAUCUACCCAUUGGAGACUCAAGGUUCGAGGGAUCAUUUGGCCCAAAUCGGUUCUGACUAGGCCUGAUGAUGUUCUUGUUGGUGGGAAGAUCCAGAAGAAGGGGGGGAGGGCAGUGAGGGAAGGAGGAUGAGGAUGUGAUAGGAUAUCAAGAAGCAAUGACAACACGUGGCUUCUUUAUUUCUUGCUAUUUACUUAUUCAAAUAAGAGACCUAGUCUUUUGGAGAUUAGUUCCCACUUUGUGUUGCGUUCCCGUUUUGUAAGACCAUCAUUAUUGAUGGAACUUUUAUCUGAGUCCUUAGAUUUUCUUA